AUGCUGCAGGUCGUUGUUUCAUUUGUCAUUGCCAGCUUCAUGACUACCGCCGCCUCGAUUUUAGCCAUGUUACUCGAUCAAGCCUUCGAUGCCAAAGGCCGUUUCACCUUCCGCGAUCCUAUUCGGUAUCUGCGGGAGCGUUGGAUCGACACGGAAUGGAAGAAGGACUAUGCAUGGCGGCCGUUUCUGGAUCCACUCAUCAUCGGACUGGGGGAUCAGCAGCUCAUCACUGGCUACGCGGUGUUACUCUCGGGGUGGAUCAAGGUCGCCCAGAAUUCUCUCGAAGUCCAGGGCGCUCACUUUGUCUUGAUCCUCUACAUCUGCGCCCUCUCCUCCUCCUCGCACCUCGCCGCCCUGAUCACUCUGAGAAAGUACUUGCGGCGCUAUAAGCUCAUUGCUAAGAUCCGCAUCACACUCGUCAUCGUCUUCACAGCGCUCCUCUUUGCGUCUAUGAUCGCCGCUAUAGCCAUGCCCGAAACCAUUACCGUGAGCAGCACCGGCGUCCUGGAGCGGGAAAUGCGCGCGCACCGCCUCUCCUUCACUGUACCCAUGGCGUUCAUGCUCGUUGGCUUCUCGACUGCGCUCGUGGCCAUCCUGUACAAUCCCCCAACAACAAGCCAUUUUGCUGGUUCUCGUAAUCACCACCAUCACAGCACUACUUCCCCACGAAACCAGCUUGUUGCGUUGAGUGCAGCGACACUCCGACGUCGCAAUUCGGAAAAGACUACGUGUCCCGCACGCAAGGGGCUAAUGUUGGUGCUGGUGUUAUUUUUGAACCCACUUGUUGCAUUUAUUGUGCAGAUCAUACUGGCAACUCUCUCGGUGAUCCUGGUGCUUAGCCAAAAGUUUUCAGUACCGGAGGAAAAAGACAAGUGGUGCGGGUUGCAAGGGAACGCGGAGAACCAGUGGGGGUUUGGGCAGACGCUGAGCGUGGUCAUGUUGUUGCUUCCCGCGAUGGGGGCAUGCCAAGCUUAUUUAGAGGGUAGACAGCAGAUUGCUGAGUAG